AUGUGCUUGCUAUUUUCUAAUAACUCGCCUUGCUCGCAUGCAGAGUGCUACGUUUACAAUAGUUGGCAAUCUCAAAAUUGUCCGUCAUCUGCUGAUUUACAGCUAUCAGAAGCCAUCCUAAACCAAAGCAAUGCCUUCUUGUACCAAUUGUUAUUAAAUUACCAAAAGAUUCAGAAGGAGAUUGAUUCAGUCUCUGCACUAGCAAAGACAAUUUCGUCCAACGAUAAAAAUCAGUACCUUACAGAUGAGCACAAAGACUUGGUUUUUGAACAACUCUGGAGGAUCCAAAAAGGUGAGCCUUUUCCUCUAACCUUGCAACUGGAAAAGCCUUUCCCAGCCCGGGUUUAUAAGGAAAGGGGGUUUCAGCUCAAGUUUUCAGUCAAAACUGUUGAAAACUCCAUAGAAAAGCUGCAAGGAAACAAAACUUUCAGAAUCAUUUUGGCCAGCGCUGAUGAGCCACCAACAAUAUUAUACUCACUCCCCCUUUAAAUGGGAACAAAAAAUCCUGUUCCUAUUUAAAAAAAGGGCUAAUUUUUUAAAAAAAAAAUUAUAUUAGAUGUUUUUAAAUUUAAAUAUGGGGAGUCAAACAUUUCAGGAAAAAAGAUAAUUAGAGGGACCACAGAAUCAAAGCAGAACGAAGAAGGAUUUAUUGAGUUUAAUAAUGUUGUGAUCAAUGAAGUCUCUUCACACUAUACGAGCGGCUGUUUUUCAUUGAUCGUUGUAUGCAUCGAGAAUUUAGCUAUUAAACCAUUUGUUAGGUGUAAAAUAUAUGUAAGGGCGAGAAAAGCGCUGAAGCAUAGAAAGGCAGUAGCUAAAUACUACAUUUGUAAUGAAUAGAACCAAAAGUACUGGCGCAUUGUUCUUUAUUUUUAUAACUAAUUAUAAAGAAUAAAAACACCUAAUGAUAACCGUUAUUCGAUUUUUAUAUAAAAAUAGUGGGGCUAGGCUCCAUUUAAAUGAUCAUGCACUUUUGAUAGUUCGACAUUUUCCAGGAUAUUUAUUUGAAAUUUUUUUUAUAUGAGACACUUUACCCUUAAUUUCGACUAAUAGUACACUAUUUAAAAUUUUUCGAACAAAUUUUUCUUCGAUUAAAUGCAUCAUAGAAAGUGUGCGAGCAUUGGAUCUGAGACUAACCUAUAUGAAUAUUUUUAAUUAAUAUAAUUAGGUAUAUUUAUAAUAGAAUAACUAUCAGCCAGUAGGAAUUUAAUUUACUAGAAACUGAAUAA